CCCCCCCGUUCACCCCCCCCUCGCCCUCUCCUCCACUCUUGCCCGCCAGACUUGUUUCUUGACAUGGGGUCGUCUCAAGCCGACGCCGAGAUCUCGUCUCUCGACGCCGCGAACCUCUCGGAUCUGAGUCCGUCCCAGAUCCCAGGGGCUGCCGGUGGUGCCGAUACCGAGGAUCUGCUGUUCAGCAGCCUGCCGAUGGUGCAGGUGGUUGGGCUAUCGGAAGCCGAGCGUGCUCCCUCGGCCUCCCCGCCGCCGUCGGAUACCGAAGAUGUACACGGACAGGGGGCGCCCGGCCGUGAGGAGCACACCGCCACUGAAUUGGCCGGUGCUGUGGUGCCUUUGCCGGAGGAGCUGCGUGGCAGCAUCAUUGCUCCCUCCCUGCCGACAUCCCGUGUCCGGCGAACAAUUAUGCUCGACCCAGCCAUGCGCAUGAUCCCACAGGCCUCCGUGCGAGCGGUUGCCUGUGCCACGGAGAACUUCAUUGCCCUUCUUGGUGAGCAAGCCUUCUCCCUGUUGGGGAGUCGAAAGACCAUCCGUGACACCGAUAUUGCGGCGGUCAUUCACCGCGACGUGCGGUAUCAUUUCAUGCGAGAUGUUUUCCCCAAGCCCAGCCAGAUGCCCUCCGGGAGCGGCCUCGUCCCGCCCCAGGCCAAGCGCCGCAAUGUCGGCACCAAUUCCGGCUCCAUGGACCGAGAUCCCGGUGCCGCUCCACCAGCUGGGCCCGUUCAACAGACCCUACGGUUUACUCGGACCCCCGAGGCCGGGGGAGGUCUUGGCAAGUCCUCCUCGGAGGCAAGCAUGCAGCUCGACCCUGCUGGACAGGGUCCAGGCACCGAUGAGCCGCCCCUGGAGGAGGUCUCCCUGGCGUCUCCGCCGCGAGCUGCCACAGCGGAAGGUGGGCCGCAGGUCGAUGCCACGCAGGAGCUCUCCCAGCCUUCGGAGAUCCCCCCGACUGCGACCGCUCCCCACUCCUCGGCGGAUCUCUUUUCACGCUUUGCAUUCAAAGAAUGAGCUGUCGCAUGCCAUCAAGAAUACACUGCUCUGUGCAAUUCCGCC